UCUUGUUUUUGGUAAAGUUUUCACGGCGAAACGCUGCACAAAAUUUGGCUAUGCAGAGUGCCCAGCGGACCUGCAUGCACGCCGAAGCCAGUGAGAGGUAAUGGACCCAAAGGACGCGACCUGAGCUCCGGCAGCGUGUAGCUUUGCGGUCCUUGAUCAUCUGUAUUUCUCAACAACCAGGCUUCGGGUGCGGCUCUGGGUUUAUCCCAAGUCGCCGGCAUGGAGUCUCAGCCAGGGGUUCUGGACAUCCUGAUUCAAUUCUGUUACCGCCUGCUCCACUGUGGCCCAUUGGUGGCGCUUUGCAUGAUCGCAUUCAUUUUUCGGACCAGCCUGUACGUGACAUCCAUGUGGCUUUCACCGUAUGGUUCCACGCUAGGCGCCAUCAACCACUCGAUAUUCAUGGGUUGGACUGUAGCCCUGCUGUACAAUUUCUUCAUGGCCGUCGGUAUAGGACCUGGCUUCGUGCCUCUGAAGUGGAGGCCUGACGAGCCAGGUGACGAGCAGUUCCUGCAAUACUGUGAAAACUGUGACGGACUUAAGGCACCAAGGUCACAUCAUUGCCGCAAAUGCGAAAGGUGUGUCUUCAAGAUGGACCAUCACUGUCCGUGGAUCAACACUUGUUGCGGGCACCGGAAUCAUGCCAACUUCACACUUUUCUUGUUCUUUGCUCUCUGUGGCGGCAUUCAUGCCUCGGUGCUGUUGAUCAAGGGCCUGACUAAAGCCUAUCACAGGAAAUAUUACAUGCGUCAAGGUCAAGAGGACAAUCUUGUCUACCUGCAUUUCCUCCCUUUUCUGGCCACGGUGCUGAGCCUGUUCUUAGCCAUGUGUACCAUCAUGGCAGUGGGAAGUCUCUUUCUUAUACAGCUGAAAAGUAUUGUUCGCAAUGAGACGACUAUCGAGAACUGGAUCGUGGCCAAGGCCCAGAGGCGAGAGCGUGAGGAUGAAGACCACUUUGUGAACCCAUACAACCUCGGCGUGACUGAGAACCUGAAGCAGGUCUUUGUGUACCCGCUUGGCGACGGCAUUACUUGGCCCGUGGUGUCUGGGUGCAACCAGUACACACUCACUGUAGAGCAGAUUCUUCAAAAGCGCGACAAGCGGCUACGAACCCGCCUGUACAGAGUGGUGCGCCCAUACCGUGGCUCCUAUUUCCCGAUAUCGCAUGGCUGCUCUGUCUGCAUGACCGCACCACUCACCGAUCAGCCCCGCAUUGCAGUCAGCCCUGGAGAUCGUGUUCUUGUUACUCGGUGGCAAAAGGACUGGCUUUAUGGAAAGUUAGAAAGGACAAAGUUUCCUACGAAACCUUCACACAGGCUGAAGGGAUGGUUUCCACGGCAGUGUGCAGUAGAAGUGGUUGGCAGUAAGGGGAGCCGUAGCUGCACAGAGGCAUCGUCAAGCUACGCCGACCACAAGAAGUACAAGUGAAACAUGCCGUCCCGUCGCUUCGUUACAGCAGCCUCCAUUGUCUGUCAAGCCUAGC